AUGCUGCUCGAGAAUGCUCUCUCGGAGGAGAUCCCAUCAACAACCCUCGCUCCCGAUGCGCCGCUCCCGACUCGACCGCCACCAGCGCCGACUCAGCCGCCCACAACCAACGAGCGGGACAAGAUGCUCGCCGCGUGCAUCGGCGCAGUCGUAACGAGUCUCACGAUGACUCCCUUCGACGUGAUCAAAACCCGCCUCCAGACUCAAUCCUCCCCUCCUCCCCCCGUCGCCCGCUUUACACCCUCCACGACCCCCUUUCCCCCUCCUAUCGCAAGCACCUCGACCGCCCCUCCUCCGUCCGAAGCACCAUGCUGCGACGCACGGAAAACGACUACCCGGCGCGCUCCCGCUCCCACGCAGAGUGAGGGAGUCUGGUGUGCACUCGACUCGCGUGUCGCGGCCGCCCGUGGACGCGAAUGGGCGUACGAGCUCGCUUCAGCCUCGAGUUCCGGUGCAGGGACCUUGACGUUCCCGACCAGUUCGGGCGGGAACGUCGCCUGCCUCUACCCUUCCUCCUCCUCCUCCUCCUCCUCGCACGCCUUUCCCACCUCGACCGCCCACGCUCCAGCUCCGCCACGCCAUCUCACAGGCUUCGUCGACGCCCUCACGCACAUCCUACGCACCGAAGGCCUCACAGCCCUCUGGCGCGGCACCGCACCCGCACUAGCCAUGUCCGUCCCGGGACAGGUGGUGUAUAUGGUGGGAUACGACUCGCUUCGACGGACUGCGCUGGACCGAGCUCCGGGCUUUGCGUACGUCGGUGAAAGAAGCGGGCGAGGAACGCGGGAGGGAUUAAGGAAGGGCUACGUCGGUGCUGUCCCGCUCGUAGCGGGCGCACUGAGCCGCACACUCGUCGCGACCCUCCUCUCGCCUCUCGAACUCCUCCGCACGCGCCUCCAAUCCCACACGCCUUCCUCCCCACUCUCUCUGACCUCUGUCAUUCGCGAUUUGCGGUGGUCGAACGCUUGGAAGGGCUUGGGACCGACGCUUUGGAGGGACGUGCCGUUCUCGGGGGUUUAUUGGGCGGGAUAUGAGGUGAUCAAGAGGGCUUUGACGGGUGGGAGGGGGAUGGGGGAGGCACAGGCGGGAGUUGGGGAGAAGGCUGGGGCGGGAAGGGGCAGGGAGUUUGUGGUCAGUUUCGUCAGUGGUGCUGGAAGUGGAGUGAUCGCAGCAACACUCACCAACCCCUUUGACGUCCUCAAAACCCGUCGACAAUCCUCCCUCCUCUCCACCUCUCCUUCCUCUCCUUCAGCACCCUCUACCCUCCAUCUCCUGCGCCAGCUAGUGCACACCGAAGGGCCCCGAGCGAUGUUUGCCGGUCUCGCGCCUCGACUGGCGAAAGUUGGACCGGCGUGUGGAGUCAUGAUUGGGGUUUAUGAGGUUGUUGGGGGUUGGAGGGCGGGGGUGCAUGCGAGGGAGGCGAAGGAGGAGGCGAGGGUUGAGUGA